AUGAAAGAACAGGAAAUAUUAUUAAGUGGGUAUAUUUAUUUUGAAUACUCUUUCUUUGGAGUUGUCCUCCCACCUAAGACCACUGAGUACCUUCACAGAGAGUACCUAAUAAGAGAACAGCAGAGAUUGUACAAAAGACCUAAAACACAGCCAUUCCUUUCCCCUGAUGCAACUUUGCUUUUGUCUUCCUAGAUUCCAAGAUGGCCGAGAGUACUAAAUUUUGGGUUGUGUAUGUAGUGCAAAACACCUGGCUUCACCUGGAUGUAGACUUCCAGUGCCAUGGAAAUAUCUCCAAAACCUGUCUGGCAGAAUGCUAUGAGAAUCACUUCACGAGGCCUGUAUUAGGAGUUUGGUAUGUGGUUGGCUUUGCCUUUUCCUCCAUUUUUUUUGUGAUGGAGUUUUUUGUCACUCAGACUGUGCAUAAGCAAACCAAGAUAUUUAAGAAGGCAUCUUUGGAAAAGGAACCCCAUGGCUCUGAGAGAAACGCACACCACGUACACACAAAGGAAGACGAGAUUUUUGACUUAUCCCGGGAGAAGCCCCUCCUGAUAAUGUAUCUUGUCUACUUUCUCAUUCAGUGGUCUGUACAGGUGAUCUUCUUGGUCAUUCUCAUUCACUAUCACCUACCACUGAUUAAAAAACCCAUUCAGUGCAGUACCCACAUGUGUCAUGGACCUUAUGCAUGCGUGCUAUUGGGGACACAGGAAAAGAUGAUGUCCAUCAUACUUCUGGCUACACUCUCAGUGGUUAUCAUGAUGUUUUGUAUUAUGUUUUUCCUGUAUACAAUUAACACAUACAUAGUCAUGGGACAUAAAUCGACCUGAGACAUACAGAGACUCUGUAAAAUCCUGACAGUAGCCUUAAUGAUCAGCACUGAUGACAAAACAUGGAAUGAUGGCAGAGAAGGCCUGCAGCAGUCUGACACCAAAAAACAAACAUUCUGGAUCCUACUUUCACAUUCCCAGAACAUUCUUAUCUUAGAAAAAUAAAC